GCCCCCCGCCCCUGCGCGCGGCGGCCCGCAGCGAGACGCGCCGCUCCCCGGCACUUCCGCGGGCCCGAGAUAUGGCAAUGGUAGUUAGCAGCUGGCGCGAUCCGCAGGACGACGUGGCCGGCGGCACCCCGAGCGGCCCCAACGCCGCCGCGCAGCCGGCCCGGGAGCAGCCGCCGCAGCAGCAGGGCGGCUCGGCGGCGCCGCACACGCCGCAGACCCCCAGCCAGCCGGGGCCGCCCUCCACGCCGGGCGCGGCCGGCGACAAGGGCCCGGGGCAGCAGGGCUCGGGCCAGAGCCAGCAGCACAUCGAGUGCGUGGUGUGCGGGGACAAGUCCAGCGGCAAGCACUACGGCCAGUUCACCUGCGAGGGCUGCAAAAGUUUCUUCAAGAGGAGCGUCCGCAGGAACUUAACGUACACAUGCCGUGCCAACAGGAACUGUCCCAUCGACCAGCACCACCGCAACCAGUGCCAGUACUGCCGCCUCAAGAAGUGCCUCAAAGUGGGCAUGAGGCGGGAAGCGGUUCAGCGAGGAAGGAUGCCGCCCACCCAGCCGAACCCGGGCCAGUACGCGCUGACCAACGGGGACCCCCUCAACGGGCACUGCUAUCUCUCGGGAUACAUCUCGCUGCUGCUGCGCGCCGAGCCCUACCCCACCUCCCGCUACGGCAGCCAGUGCAUGCAGCCCAACAACAUCAUGGGCAUCGAGAACAUCUGCGAGCUGGCCGCCCGCCUGCUCUUCAGCGCCGUCGAGUGGGCCCGCAACAUCCCCUUCUUCCCCGACCUGCAGAUCACCGACCAGGUGGCCCUGCUGCGGCUCACCUGGAGCGAGCUCUUCGUGCUCAACGCCGCGCAGUGCUCCAUGCCGCUGCACGUGGCCCCGCUGCUGGCCGCCGCCGGCCUCCACGCCUCGCCCAUGUCCGCCGACCGCGUGGUGGCCUUCAUGGACCACAUCCGCAUCUUCCAGGAGCAGGUGGAGAAGCUCAAGGCGCUGCACGUCGACUCGGCCGAGUACAGCUGCCUCAAGGCCAUCGUGCUCUUCACCUCAGACGCCUGCGGCCUGUCGGACGCGGCGCACAUCGAGAGCCUGCAGGAGAAGUCGCAGUGCGCCCUGGAGGAGUACGUGCGGAGCCAGUACCCCAACCAGCCCAGCCGCUUCGGCAAGCUGCUGCUGCGGCUGCCCUCGCUGCGCACCGUCUCCUCCUCCGUCAUCGAGCAGCUCUUCUUCGUCCGCUUGGUAGGUAAAACCCCCAUUGAAACCCUCAUCCGAGACAUGUUACUGUCUGGGAGCAGCUUCAACUGGCCUUACAUGUCCAUCCAGUGUUCCUAGAGCCCGGCCCGCACCCCCGGUACGGACACUGCGGAGCGGCACAGGCGGGAGCGCACGCACCGAGGGGCAGUUGGGGUGCAGGGGGGGCCCGGGACGCGGGCGGGCCACCAAAGACCCGAUCCCCGAGGGGGAUCACGCGCGUGGCCGUGUUUGGGAGGCAGAGAAAGGACCUGGUGUCUGUGGAGGUUUUUGGAGAGGAGGAACAACAACAACAAAAAAAAAGACAAAAAGCAAAAAAAAAAAAAAAAAAAAAAAAGAGGACCGAGGGGAUUUUAAUAAAACCAGAAGGAGAAUAAUGGAUCUUCCAGGAUUUAUUGAGGACUGAUGUGGAUAUAUUCUGUACAGAAACAAUCAGACAAACAAAAGCGCUGGAGCCGAACUGAACCUUGUGUAGAAAGCAGAACAAACAAACAAACAAGAAACCCCACACGCAAACACUUACCACGAACAUUGUUACUCAUUUUGUAAGAUAUUAGUCUUUAUUUUCAUUUUUUGUAAAACUUAAAACAUCGUAUGCGCAUAAAGGAAAAAAAGAAACAAGAAUUAGGGGAAAAUAACAUUUUCCAAAUAAUUAUAAAAAAUUGUCCUGUGUCUAUGUAUCUAUAUCUGUUUUGUAUUUUUUUCUGGUUCCAAACCAGGUUUUCUGUGAUUCUAUACUAAUAAUUUUUGAUAUAACCCUUUGCUUCUUAUAAUGAGUGCGAUAUAUGUUGUCGAAGCUGUUCUUCAAGAAUUAAAAUUGAAGUGAGAAUUUAAACAAAAAUAAAAGAAUUUAGCAAAAAAAAUCAACUUAUCACCCCACAACCCAUGAGUCUUGUUGCUUGAAACAUGCCAACAGUUCACCGAAAAAAAAACCCAAAAAUGUACUCCCUCGAUCUUUAACUACUAUACUGGCGUUGGAAGGGAGAACUUAAAAAUGCUUGUUAGGGGAAACAAAGUUGUAUAAACCACGUGAUGUUCCAAAACUGACUUGACUGUGGGAGUUCAGGGCUGAGUUGUCGAGGCCUAGGAAGAGACGACUGGAGACAGAGGCAGCGCAGUGCCGUAGGUGAACUCACCCCGCCUGGGCUGUGCUGUAGACGUUUCGCCACGGUUUACGUGCGUGUCGCCCUGGCCUGCACGUUUGGAGCCACCUUUUCCCGUCAGCCGGAGUUUCUGCUGAGUUCACACCCGGCUGUUUCCCUGUAGCGUUCAUGGCACGGACUGCAGUCGCUGUGCGCUGCCCUGGCCGUGCGGAGGUGCCCAGCGCACGGCGUGCCGCGGUCACGGCUCCGGUUGCUCGCUUGCUACGGGCUUGGUGGUCGGGGGGGCGGUUUCUUUCCCCAGGGAGUCGAGGACCGGGAGCGGGUGCUCUGAGCCGUGUGCCUGUGUGUUGCGUGGGCUGUGGGCUGACAGACCGCCCUUGUCCCUCGCUCCGGCCACCGCUGCGUGCGAGCAGUGUUCCCAGCCCGGUAACACCGAAACCUGCCCGGGGGGUUGCUCGUCGCGGGGGAGCGAGCGCGGUCCGUGCGCGCUGGGCUGCGCGUGUGGGUGCGCACUGCGGCCGUGCACACCACACGGACAGUGACUGCGUGUGCGCACACCCCAUGUGAAGCACUGUACCUACAGCAGGAACCGGAGAUGUGUGCCAAAAGCCCUGUAUCGUUGGGGUUUGGUUUUUUUGUUUUUUUUUUUUUUUUUUUUUUUUGUAAAGAAAAUUAAAAAUCGUUUCUGUAAUGGAGCUCCUUUGAAGGUAAAGGCUUCACAAUGCUUCUAGCUGGUGGUGCAGAUCUCUGUAACAGCUUUCAGUGCAUUAAUGUUUUAUAGGAUCUGAGACGGAGCUGUAAGAACACAUACUACCAAGGGAGCUCUUUCUUAACGUAUUAAUAAAGCUGGAUCUUUAAAAAUAACAUUCCCCCCCACACGCAGACACCUCCUGCGCCCUCCAAACAAACCCGGAUGAGGCAGGCUUUUCAAUUUGUGGAGUCAUUGGCAAUGUUUUUCUUUUAAUUUGCUGUCCUCCAUACUCUCCAGAUUUUUUUUUUUUUUUUUUUUUGCAUUAACAAGAUCCUUCAAUCCAACCCGCUUGGGGUUUUUAAUAUUCUAGGCGCAGCAGAUCCGAGGCGAGAGCAGCUCUAUACAGUAGGCUCUUAUAGCUGGAUAAUCAACAUCGCGAGCAGAUCCUCUGUGGGGGGAGAGGCCAUUUCGGUGGGGAGACGCGGCCUGUAUUCAUAGGUGCUGUAGUGGGGGGGCUGGCGGCUUCAAACCUGGGCACACAAGGACGGAGAUCAGCACCUCCCCGCCCGGCUCACACGGACGCUACAUAGGCGACAGCUUUGCUGCUGGCAGCGGCCGCCCCCCCACCCCCCCCACCCCCGGCGGAGGGGUCCCGGGCUCCCGGCGCUGCCGGGGGGGCACCGAGGCGCCCAGCCCCGGGAUGUGCUCGGGCAGCUCCUCGGCGUUGCCUGUCGGUGGGGCGGGUGACUGGGGACCCAGCUGGACUAGCGGUAGAAAAAAGCGGGGGGUGGGAAGGGGGGGAAAAAGGAAAAUAGAAAAAAAAAGAAAAAAAGCUCUCGGUUUCUUCCAAUGAGAUGUAAAUAUAUUCAUUACAGUGUUAUCCCACUGAUGAAAACAGAUAAACUUUUUCGUAGGUCAGAAACGUAUUUUUCAAUUAAUUUUCAUAUUUAUGAAUAAUAAUAAUCCACCUAUUGCCAAGAAACUUGCAGGUGUAGAGGAGGUGUACGAGAUGCACUUAUUUUCAUGUAUGUGCCUAGAACGAAGUGUUUCAAUCCCUUAUUAAACUUUGCUUAUAAGACGG